AUGACAACAUCAUCUUCAUCGUCGUCACCCAUCUCAAUCUCAUCAUCUUCAUCGUCGUCACCCAUCCCAACCUCAUCAUCAACCUCAUCAUCAACAUCAUCAUCAACCUCAUCAUCAACCUCAUCAUCAACCUCAUCAUCAACAUCAACAUCAUCAUCAACCUCAACCUCAUCAUCAACAUCAUCAUCAACCUCAUCAUCAACAUCAACAUCAUCAUCAACCUCAUCAUCAACAUCAACAUCAUCAUCAACCUCAUCAUCAACAUCAACAUCAACAGCAGCACUAAUUACCGGUAUGUAA